UGGACCCAUACCGGCCGCGUGAACCCCGGCCACGAAGUGCAGCUGACCUUCGCCCUCCGGCAGCGAGGCACGGGGCGCCUCGCCCGGCUCGUCGAUGCUGUCUCAGACCCCCACUCGCCACGAUACGGCCAGUACCUGUCCCUGGAGCAGGUGCGGGACCUUGUCCAGCCGUCCCCAGCCACACUCGUGUCAGUGCUGAAGUGGCUGCAAGGCCAUGGCGUUGAGAACUGCAGGAGCGUUACCACCCUCGAUUUCCUGGAAUGCCGCAUGCCAGCGAGCACGGCCGAGCGCCUCCUGCCAGGGGCUGAGUUCCACCGCUUCGUGAAGGGCCAGCGCAGCAUUGUGCGCUCCCCGCUCCCCUACGCUGUCCCCGAGGAGCUGGCUGAGCACGUUGACUUUGUGGGUGGUCUGCACCGGUUCCCCGCAGAGAGAAAGGUGGUCAGCAGAGCCUGGGCCAAGAGGGAAGCAGAGUCAAGGCAGCACUAUGGAGGGAGAGCAGCUUUCCACCUGGGUGUGACACCUUCCAUCGUUCGUAAGAGAUACAACAUGACGGGAGGAGACAUAGGGCUACUGCCAAACAACAGCCAGGCCUGUGCCCAGUUCUUGGAACAGUAUUUCCACCAGGCUGACCUCGCUGAGUUUAUGCAGCUCUUUGGCAGCAGCUUUGGCCACCGCUCUCAGGUUGACCAAGUGGUUGGGCACCAGGGCAAGGGCAAGGCUGGGCUGGAGGCCAGUCUGGACGUGGAAUACAUCAUGAGCACGGGUGCCAACAUCUCCACGUGGGUCUUCAGCAAUGCAGGUAACUGAUCCCCCUCCAGACUUGCCCUCCAGGAGCCCUUCCUGGCCUGGCUGCUGCUGCUCAGCAACAUGUCAUCGCUGCCUUGGGUGCACUCCGUGAGCUACGGGGAUGAUGAGGACAGCCUGUCACUAGCCUACAUGGAGCGUGUAAACAUGGAGUUCAUGAAGGCAGCUGCCCGGGGCUUGACCAUCCUGUUUGCCUCAGGUGACGAUGGUGCUGGGUGCAGAAGGGUGCCCGGUGGGAACCACACUUUCCGGCCCAGCUUUCCAGCCUCAAGUCCGUACGUCACCACUGUGGGCGGAACGUCCUUCAAGAACCCUUUCCUGGUGACCGCAGAGGUGACAGACUACAUUAGCGGAGGGGGCUUCAGCAAUGUCUUCCCCAUGCCCGAUUACCAG